AUGGGCUUCCAGUAUCGGACCUUCAAGACCCAGAAAAGGCCAGAGUCGGGAGCAACCCUCGCGGUGGGUCGAGCGGUGGGUCGCUCAUAUACUCAACACGCCCCCACGACACAGCACGAGGUUGCUGCUGUAUAUCCGAUACCGCCGUGUUUCGAGGUAGGGCAGAGGUUCCGGGACGCGAGUUCCCCCGGGUUACCUUGGGCACUAUUUUCGAUCUUUUUCGUAGCUCACACACGAAGGGACUCAAAUCUUCGCAGACCGCCGUCGACCUGGGAGAUCUCACCGGAGGUACCAUGUCCGAGGAGGCCACCGGCCAAAAGCGCAUGUCUUGAAGGUCCGAUACUGGAAGCCCAUAUAGGCACCUUACACUCCCCCGCAGUAUCGCACCUCUUGAGCGACACUACGUUUCCGCAGCUGGGGAUUCUCCGGGUACCCCUCUUUGUACCCGUGCUGGCCGGAUUCCUCCUCCGAACAACUCAAGUUCGAUCGGCCCCAGUCUCGAACUGGCAGCCACUACCUUUUCUGGGUCACGUAGCCACACCUCGCCUCCUUGGUGCGAGUGGCUGCCAGCCUGGCGACUGGAUGUGCCGCGCCUGCAACAAUCACAACUACGCCGACAAGCUGGCGUGCAACCGGUGCAAG